CGAAGGCAGUGCGGUACAACCUGUAAAUAAUGUGGAAGCCAAGCCCUAAUCCCAAAAUCAGAAUCCAACACACGAACUAUUGCUACUCUAAUCGCCGAACCCUUUCUAUUUAUUUCUAAGAUUGCCUAUAUCCUCACCCAGGUGAAGGAAAUCUCCCUUUACCACUCUCUCUCUCUUUCUCUCUCUGAUCUCCGAUUCGUAUUUUGGCGAUUCGCUAAAAUCGGCUACUUGAUUCGCAUACACAGUGAAUUAGGGUUUUUUCUAGAGUGAGGAGAGACCAAGUACUACGAUGUCGCUGAGGCCGAGCGCGAGGACCGAGGUCCGCCGGAACCGUUACAAGGUCGCCGUUGACGCCGACGAGGGCCGGCGGCGGCGAGAGGACAACAUGGUUGAGAUCCGCAAGAGCAAGCGUGAAGAGAGCUUGCUCAAAAAGCGUCGAGAGGGCCUUUUGGCCAACCAAUUCCCUACCUCCACCACCAACAGCAUUCACACCUCCGCGGUCGAGAAAAAGUUGGAAAGUCUUCCUUCCAUGGUUGCUGGUGUUUGGUCAAAUGAUAGCAAUUUGCAGCUGGAGGCUACUACCCAAUUCCGAAAGUUGCUUUCAAUAGAAAGAAGCCCGCCAAUUGAAGAAGUUAUACAGUCUGGUGUUGUUCCACACUUUGUUGAGUUCCUUAUGAGGGAAGAUUUCCCACAACUUCAGUUUGAGGCUGCGUGGGCACUGACCAACAUUGCAUCUGGUACCUCUGAACAUACCAAGGUGGUAAUUGAUCAUGGUGCAGUCCCCAUUUUUGUCAAUCUUCUGUCUUCCCCAAGUGAUGAUGUUCGUGAGCAGGCUGUGUGGGCAUUGGGUAAUGUUGCUGGUGACUCCCCACGGUGUCGUGAUCUUGUGCUAAGUCAUGGAGCUUUGAUGCCUUUGCUGGCACAGUUGAAUGAGCGUGCCAAACUCUCAAUGCUGAGAAAUGCCACUUGGACAUUGUCAAACUUCUGCAGGGGCAAGCCACAGCCUCCAUUUGAACAGACAAGGCCUGCGCUUCCAGCCCUCCAGCAUCUUGUUCAUUCAACUGACGAGGAGGUACUGACAGAUGCAUGUUGGGCUCUGUCAUAUCUAUCUGACGGUACAAAUGACAAAAUUCAGGCUGUGAUUGAAGCUGGUGUCUGUCCACGACUUGUUGAGCUCCUCCUGCAUCCAUCUCCAUCUGUGCUAAUUCCGGCACUUCGCACUGUUGGCAAUAUUGUGACAGGAGAUGAUUUUCAGACUCAGUCUAUAAUUGACCAUGGUGCACUUCCAUGCUUGCUAAGUUUGUUAACCCAUAAUCAUAAGAAAAGCAUCAAGAAGGAAGCCUGCUGGACAAUCUCAAAUAUUACUGCUGGAAACCGUGAACAGAUACAGGCUGUAGUUGAGGCUGGCUUAAUUGGCCCUCUGGUCAAUCUGCUCCAAACUGCCGAGUUUGAUAUAAAAAAGGAGGCUGCUUGGGCAAUUUCAAAUGCUACUUCUGGUGGCACCCAUGAUCAAAUCAAAUACUUGGUCAAUCAAGGUUGCAUAAAACCACUGUGCGAUCUCCUUAUCUGCCCUGAUCCUCGGAUUAUAAUUGUCUGUUUGGAAGGGCUGGAAAACAUACUGAAGGUUGGGGAAGUUGAGAAGAACUUAGGGAGCACUGGAGAUGUAAACUACUAUGCUCAGUUGAUAGAUGAAGCUGAGGGUUUAGAAAAGAUAGAAAAUCUCCAGAGUCAUGAUAACAAUGAAAUUUAUGAGAAGGCGGUGAAGAUGCUUGAGACAUAUUGGUUGGAGGAGGAGGAGGAGGCUUUACCUUCAGGUGAUGGUUCUCAACCUGGGUUCAACUUCGGAGGAAAUAAUGUUCAAGUUCCAUCUGGUGGAUUCAACUUCACCUGAGGGCAUAUAAUGCGUAGGAAAGUAAAGUCGGGGAUUAUGCUUGUCCAUGCCAGUGGCAACAAGGCAUAUACAUGUUGGUGUCAGUUCAGGUCAGGAAAGUUGGUGUCCAGUUACAGUGAAGGUCAGCGUCCAAUGUCAUGAAGAGGUCCUAAGCUGGAGCGAUCAUGCUGCACGGGUCGAAAUAAAAAGAACUCUGCGGGUCACACAGUGGAAGAGAAUGUCCUGGUGGCAGUUUUGGUCUUUUGUCAUGUUUAAUGGAAUAUUUUGGUUAUUGGGUAUAGCCUUGGAGCAAUCUCUCUCUUGCUGCAGGAACAAAGUCUUUGAACACGAAAUGGAGUAUUUUUAUGGGUCUUGAGUCUUGUGUUAGUUUUGUCAUAUAGCGUAUUAUGUAUUUGUUUUAUUUUUCAUUGGGUGAAUAUAGUUUUCACUAGCAUUUUGAUUGCCUGCCUGGUAUAUUGAGAGAUAGGAGAGUGAACUAGAUUUUGGGGUCAUGUCUUUGAAAGAAAUUUGUGGUUAAAUACUUCAAACGUUUGCCUAUUUGGUAAUUAUGAUGCAUCUGUGCUUUUGCCUUCUA